GCAAAGAACCCCUAAAACAAGAUAAAAAAGAUGAUAAAUGGGAUGUCGAAAGUGGUGACACUUUUGACGAGUUUACUUAUAAGGAAGAGGAACUUAACGAAGCAGAAGGUCCGGCAAUUUACUUGACGGCGAUAGAAGAGCUACCUACAGAAGAAAAAGAAGAUGAAGUACUUACGGAAACAGAGAAACUAGAUAAACUAGUCCAGAGCAAAAUUCUAACUGAGGAAGAAAAGAAGGAAGCUCAAGAAUUCUUCCGUCUUAAAGAGCCCUGGAACGAAAGCAUGGAUAACAAGGGUUUAGAAGAGGAAUGGGAUUGGUGGGAUAUAAAUGAGGACGAAGAGUAUUAUGGCAGUGCAGAUGAAGAAGAAGAUGAUUCGGAUCAAGAGUAUACUUGGGUGAGAAGUGAAAGCCAGGAGCGUGCAAUAGAAGAACUCCACAAAGUUCACAACCGUUACUGUCUUGGAGAUGUUGUUGAUAAGACGAUGUCCACAAAAAUAAGCCACUAA